AUGUGGUUCGGAAAAGAUAAAGGCUUUCUUCAUAAGUCGGACGGUGGGGAAGACAAGGACAAGGACAAGGACAAGAACAAGAACAACCAGCAGCAACACCACGACGACCACGGUGAUCAUCAGAAGCAAGAGUCUGACAAUGUGUCUGGUGACCAACCCGCUGAGAUUGAAGAGAAAUCAAGCUAUACCGAGACGGAUAUCAAAGUGGAUGUGGAAGAGGUGGAGGAGGAGCCAAUUAUCAAAACGAACGACGAAGACCCUUCCCCUUCUCCGCCUGAUUUUGACAAAGUCUCCAAAGAGAUCGAUGAGUUCAUCUCUCAUCUGUCCACCGCACAAGGUGAGGAAUCCGAACCACCUGAACCUGAGGUACCUGAAUUCGUGGACCAAUUUGCCUUCUUUGUUGAGGCUAAGAUUGCCAACUAUGAUUCCAUCGAUUGUCCCAUGAAAUGGACUCAGGUGCCAGAGGAGGAUUCGUCCUUGUUUCUGGAAGCCGUGGAUCGAGUCUGCAAGCUGACGACAUCGCUUUCUCAAUUCUCAUCACAUUCAAACUACGCUCCGCUCAUCAAUCGCAUCGGUGGUAUUCUUGACCGUGCAAUGUCCUACCUGGAGGACGAGUUCAGAUCGCUUCUCGAGCACUACUCUCUAAAUUCCUCUGCUAAUAAUGAUUCCGAUCAUAAUAAUAUUAAUGAAUCCAAACCAAAGCAAUCGUCCAACGAAUCGGAUAAUUCCUCCACCAUGCCGGAAUCUGACUCCACCGAGGAAACUCAUUUUCCAGGAUACUCAGAGGCGGUGGUGUCGAAUAUGAAGAGAUUAGCCAAGGCGUUGGUAUCGGGAGGCUAUGAGACAGAGUGUUGUGAGGUUUAUAUAGUUGCAAGAAGGAACUUAUUUGAAGAGAGCUUGCGUAACCUAGGGUUUGAGAAGCACAGCUUCGAAGAUGUGCAGAAGAUGCAAUGGGAAUCACUUGAGAAAACGAUCGUCUCGUGGAUCAAUACCUUUAAACAAUGCACCGCCGCGUACUUCCCCGGCGAACGUAAGCUCUCAGAGGCAGUGUUCUCGGACCACGCAUCCAUCUCCGAGAGACUCUUCAGCAUCCUCUCAGGAUGCGUCAUGAUUGAACUUGUCAAUUUCGCUGAAGCUGUGGCAAUGUCCAAGCGUUUGGCGGAAAAGCUGUUUAAGUUUCUCGACAUGUACGAGACCUUACGUGAUGUAAUUCCAAUCAUGGACACUCUUUUUCCAAACGAAUGCAUACGUGAUCUCAAAUCUGAAGCUUUAUUGACUCGAAUCCGAUUCGGCCAGACAAUAGUUUCCAUUUUCCUCGAACUGGAGAAGUCAAUCAAGGCUGAUGCAGGAAAGACUCCAGUUCCUGGUGGUGCAGUGCACCCCUUGACCCGCUACACCAUGAAUUAUCUAAAAUACGCCUGUGAGUACAAGGACACAUUAGAACAAGUGUUUAGAGAGAUUCAGAAGAUCGAGCAAGCAGACCCGGACAGUACUGCCACUGGAUUGGAUUUUCUCUUCUGUGAUCAUAAUAAUAACAAGGACAAGGUACAAGGCCAUGAUGAUGGCAGUAGUGAUCAGACGUCGGAAAAUGAAUCUAUGUUUGCAACGCUGGUGAUGAAAGUGAUGGAUCUAUUGUAUACAAAUCUGGAAGGGAAAUCCAAGUUAUAUAGGGACACUGCAUUGAGCUUGAUUUUCCUGAUGAACAAUGGGCGAUACAUCAUGCAGAAGAUCAAGAGUGCCGAGGAGAUCAACGGCUUGAUAGGCGCCAUGUGGAGCCGGAAGAGAUCGUCUGAUUUGAGGCAAUACCACAAGAACUACCAAAGAGAGACGUGGGGCAAGCUUUUGCAGUGUUUGACACUGGAGGGGUUGAUUGUGAAAGGAAAAGUGCAGAAGCCGGUACUGAAGGAGAGGUUCAAGAGCUUCAACGCCCUGUUCGACGAAAUACACAAGACGCAGAGCACGUGGGUGGUUAGCGACGAGCAGCUUCAGUCGGAACUGAGGGUAUCAAUAUCGGCGGUGGUGAUACCGGCAUACCGGUCGUUCUUGGCGAGGUUCAGUCAGAACUUCACACCAGGGAGGCAAACAGAGAAGUACAUAAAAUACCAGUCUGAAGAUAUAGAGACACAUAUUGAGGGGCUAUUUGAAGGUGGGAAUGCAGCACCCUCAAUGUGGAGGAGGAGACCAUGAUGAGAUCAAUUAACAUAGCUUAGUUUAGUAGUACGAAACUAUCAAGAGUUCAUCAGUUUCAACUUCAAGCAAGGGACAGUGCAAUCAGGUUAAAUUAAGCCACGCAUGCACCAUCAUUAAUGGAUCAUACAUGGUUCUCUGUCAGGCUCAGCAGGAGACUCCAAAAAGAUGCAUUUGGACUUUGUAGCAAUUAGAAAAAUUGAAAGCAUCGAGUGUGGUACAUUAAUCACGUCAAUCAUCCUUUUUUUCUUUUUUCUUUUUUCUUUUUUCUCUUUAUUUAUUUAUUUAUUAUUAUUUUUUUUUUAAGUUGAGUAGGAGGCACACACUACAUCCUGUUUUUCACAGCCUAAAUGUAUUUUAUGAAUUGCUUUAGACUUAAUGUUGUAAUUUUCGUUAGCCAACUUGGGCCAUUGCACAGUGUGUAUAUAUAUAUCCAUUGCUCUUGUAGAAUUUCUACUAGGCGUGGUCAAUCCCUAAAAAAUUAUAGGUACUUUUGAAGAAGUUAGGGUUAAUUUCACUAACACAUCUUUAGAUUUGGUCAAAUAUUACUCUUAAAUAUCUUUCGAAAAUAAUUGUCACUUUGGUCCAUUUCUAUUUUUCCGUUAAAAUCUCCGUUAACAUG